AUGGCGACCGACACCAGCUGCACUUCGGAUUUUGAUCUCCCGGCGCGCUUACUCCUUGGCCGUUGCAGAAAACAGCCACGAAUCGGUUCAAUAGCAACAAACCCUCCUCCCACCACGAUGAUCGGCAAGCUCGGAGACGAUCUCCUCGUAGAGAUUCUAGUUCGCAGCUUCCCCGAUCCCAAAUCUGCCUUUCGCUGCAAAGCCGUAUGUAAGCGCUGGAGCUCCCUGAUUUUGAGUCCCUGCUUCAAUCGCCGUAUGAUUUCUCACCAUCAGAACGUGAAGCUGCACCCCAAGGAGCUGCAAUCUGCCAUCCUCAGCCUUCUGCCUCCCAUGCCCAGUAGAGUUGGAGGCAGUCUGAAAGUCUUGGAUUGCUACAAGGACUUGGUUUUAUGCGGGUUUUGGGAUGUAAAUCAGGACAAUGGGGAACAUAGCAGGUCUUACUUGAUCUGCAAUCCGUUUACCAAGCAGUGGGUCGCUCUUCCUUUGGCCCCCAGGAAGCUAGAUGGGUAUUUAUCACCGGUGACAAGGUUAGUUUGUGAACCCGUUAUUUCUAAUAAACUUGAUCUAGGAGAUGACCAGUCGAUUAUUUAUUCCGAGUAUCGCUGCCGGGUGGUGUGUAUAUAUCAAGAUGUGGAGCCGUUGUGUCUAAAUCUCGACGUGUUUUGUUCGGAGUCUGGAGAAUGGAUAAAAGAUGCUCUUGUUCUUGACAAAUACGUGAGAAUCGGAGCUAAAUGUGUAAGUGUGUGCAGUGGGGAGUUUUUCUGGAUGCACGCAAAAGUCUGUCGAGAAACUGCGGCCAACCCUGUGAAAUUGGUGGCUGGGUUCAAUCCUUUCCGCCUUGAUAUACCUCCCGCUUGCAUUGAUACUUCUACAUUCGAGUCAGAAGAUAUGUGGGCAAUUUCGAGUUCACAAGGUGCUCUUCAUGUAAUUUCAAACCAAACCAAUAUUGAUCCUCGUCGUGUAAUCGUUUGGAGACUAGAAGAAGACCGUAAAUCUCGGAGGAAACAAUAUGAAGGGUUGGUGAAGAACCCAAGGUGCUGUAGCUAUGAAGCUACGGAGGAAUCCUUUCGACCUUUUCUGCAUCCACAUAAACCAGAGAUUGUCUUCUUCCAGUGUGGUGCUUGUGGGAGUACUUUAUGGUCCUGCGAUUUGAGAAGGGAAGAGUUGGAGUUAUACGCUCAAGUGGAAGAGGUGGAUGGCAGCCAUUCUUAUGCUAAGGUGUUUGAGCCUAGGUUCUCUUGCUGGCCGACACCAAUUCCAAGAUACACGGAGUUGCGAGGCAUGUACAAUGGAAGCUACAGUUUUUGGGCUCAGGGCAGCAGUGAAGCAAGAUCUCCAUCCCUCGAUAAUUGGUGA